AAGCCAAUGAGAAUGAUUGUAGGAAUAAUAUACUGCUCGAUCUGUAUCCUAAUCUUAAUGCCUCUGCUCUACAUAAUGAUCCAUUAUAUAAAAAACAACAAUGGGAGUAUCCUCUCCUCAAAUCUAAUGAUCUUCACUUUCCUGGCCAUUACACUGAUAAUCCGUGGGUUCACUUUAAUACCGAUUAUAACUGAUGAAGACUUUGAAGAGGAGCCUACCAAAUGUCAAGAGGCUGCUUUUGAGUACAUGCCACUUACGACUUUUCUAAUCGCAGUGAUGGUGAACACUUAUAGGUUUUAUAUAAUCCGGAGAUCUCCGAAAUUAUGAACGAAGAUAGCUUGACACAUGAUCUUAUGGAUCUAUAUAUUAUUCAUCCCAUUUAUCAACAUUCUAUUCUGAGUGGACCACGGUAUUAGCCUCUUAAUCAGAGUUGUGAAAAUUACUGCCAUUGUGAUCUACUGCUUUAUGAAUUUUGCAUGAGCUGUGAUAAACCUGUACAUAAUGACCUGCCUCUUCCGGAAGAUGAAUAUGCUUUUAUUCACUUUGAUAUGCAUAUGUGUACUGAGAGUAAUAUCGAUAACAGUUUUUACCUUUGUUAAAAAUGAUAAUUUUGGAGCCUUGAAUAAUUUUGAGUUCAUGCUUAUACUGAGCUUCACAGAGCUUAUCCCUGUUAUAAUGAUUAUCACCUCAUUUUUAAGAUAUAUGAAUAAUCAACCUGGAGCAGAUUUUAUUGAAGAAAGUGCGAACUAUGCUCCUCAUAAGAAAGUAUCCUUACAAAGGACUGAUACAGUGACUUCUCAAAAUUCAGAUGAUGUUAAUAAAACCAGCGACCAAACACAGGAUCUAAUAAAAUCAAUACUAGAGGUGGAAGAAAAGAGACACUCCAGAGCCGAAGAAUUUGGAAAUAAGAGGAACGGCCUUUCCAAAACAGUCGACGAUCCUGCUGCCUUUGAGCAAGCAUCUGCAUAUCGUCCUCCAAAUGACAAUAGCAUUCCAGAUAGCCCCAGGAUGAGGAUUAUAGCUCGUUCCAAGACGAAACAGUUUGAAGAGCAGAAAGAAGAAAGCAAGGAAGAUCGCUUUCAAAAGGUAGAAUAUGCCUUGAAAUACAUGAUAAGUGACAAUGCCAUCAGUAGGUCCUCAUCAGUGAUGACAAAGAAAUCUGUGGAGGAUUCUGACAGCUCAAGAGUAUCUCAAAGUCAGUCUCUUUAAGACUGAGUUAAU